AUGCGCGCCACUCUUUACCAACUCGUCGUCUUAAGCUUUGGAUUUAUGGCCAUUGCUGCCCCUCUCAGCCAUCCUGACUCCCCUACGAUCAGAUCAACAGAUGGUGAUGAAUUUGUGAGAUGGCCUGACAACGCUAUUGAUACGAACGGGCUUUCUGUUGCCGCCUACCAAGGGGACUGAAGACGGCAGGAGUUGUCUGACAGGUCGGAGGCUGUUUGCGGAGUUGAGCGAUAAGGAAGUGGAUUGUAGAGUGGCUUGUAGAGGCUGUGUUGUUAUAAUUGCUUUUUC